AGAUAGUGCCGCCUUGCCUCGAAGCCUCACCGGUGCGCUCUACUUAACCGGAGUUCCGUGUGUCCGCGGCUGUCGCGUGUUCCGUCGCCACGAUGAACCUGUCAUUGGACUCGUCCGAGCUGUACCAGCGACGGUCCGAGCAGCUUCGCAGGGCCGUGCAGGGUCUCUCGCUGUCAGAUUCAACGUCCGACACGAAGUCGGAUACGAGCGGGGACUACGCAAACGUGACGCCAACACCGAAAGGCGUCAAGGCAAAUGGCGGCGCCCCGCGAAAGAGCACCGGCAGCGAAGAGGAACCACCACCGUUGCCGCCGCCGCCCGUACACUUGACACUCAAGAACGCCAUGCCUUCAGCGGACCGCGCCUCCAGAGUCACCGUGCUGCCUAUGCUCGACGUGAUGGCAUGCUGCAAGUGCGGCCACGGGUUCGGCCCUUCGGAGCAGAUCGUCAAUUCCUGUGGCCAGGUCUGGCACCCUGAAUGUUUUGUAUGCGCGCAAUGUUUCCGGCGGUUCCCCGGGGACGUCUACUACGAGUUCGAGGGCCGCAACUACUGCGAGCACGACUUCCGCGUGCUGUUCAUGCCGACGUGCGCCCAGUGCAACGAGGGAAUCACGGGCCGCCUCAUCAGGGCUCUGGGAAGGGACUGGCACGCGCACUGUCUCUGCUGCCGACGAUGCGGCGAAUGCCUCUCGGACCAAGGGCUGCUGAGCAUACACCGCAGACCUUACUGCAGAAAGUGUUACAACGUGAUGCAAGCGGAAUACAUUGGCAAGCUGAUAUGCGCCAAGUGCGAUGAGGUGAUCGACGAGAACCCACUCAGACGAAAAGGCGAAGUGUACCACCCUUACCACUUUAACUGUGUUAAGUGCAGCGUGGAGCUCACGAGCGACGGGCGCGAGAUCAACGGCGAGAUGCACUGCCUCAAGUGUCACGACAAGAUGGUCACCUCGGUGUGCGCGGCAUGCCGGAGACCCAUCGAGGACGCGCGCGUGGCCUGUGCGCUGGGGAAGAAGUGGCACGUUGAGCACUUCGUGUGCGCGCACUGCGAGAAGCCGUUCCUCGGCCGCAAGCACUACGAGAAGAACGGGCACGCUUACUGCGAGACGCACUUCGAGCAGCUCUUCGGGUUUGUCUGCUUCGUGUGCAACCUACCGUCGGCACAAGGCUACAAGUCUCUGAACAAAAUGUGGUGCCCGCCGCACUUCAAUUGCUCGUAUUGUGACAGGCCUCUUGCUACGAAGUCAAGGUUCCUCGACGUUGACCUGAGGCCCGUAUGCAAGAAAUGCUUCGAGAAGUUUCCCAGCAAGCUAAAAAAGCGCCUUCUCAAGACGACGGAGAAAAGCAGCCUUCCGAACAAGUAGAAACAUGUGUCUAAAAAGAUUGUCUUUUUUAACGUAGAAAAACAAGAGAUUUAAAGUUAUCGUGUUCUUACAACUGAGAUUGGAAGAAAGGCCGUUAAGUUUUAAAGGGUCACUAAAAUUAUCAGCAAGAUGUAAUAUUAUAUUGAAUCAGAAUUAGUGCUAAGACUCAUGCGCAGACUUGUAGGUAUCUAACGCUGGUGCUGUCGGAUCAACAAUGACGACGAAUAUGUACAGCGUUAUGGGUUAGACGCAAGUGUUUCGAUAGAAGAAGGAAGAAAUGGUAGGAGGGGGGGGGGGGUGUAAAAAUAAACAGAGCGUUUUCUCUACGCUUACACUGUUAUUUCGUUGCACUCGUGUGUUGAACACGAUCGCGCUUAGUCACUUGUCAUUUACUGUCAAUUCAUGUCAGUUACUGUAAGCAGAAUAGUGACCAGAAUGUCUCCGAUUGCGCUAACGCUGAUCAACGCAGUGUGUACGUGACAUCGAAUAUUCUCUCCCUAAGAAAAUAAGGCCACAAAAAUAAUUAAGUAACAUUAAUAUAAUUAACGUUGUACCACUGACGUGGAAAGUUUAGGUGCAUGUACCAAGAAAGAACCAUGGUUCAAAAGAGCCCCGUGAAAAGGUUACCCGUUUCAAUGCCCACAUGUAUGCCGGCGAGGAUCACAUUCAAAGCAUGUGCACGAUGUGAUUCACGCUUUAGCGUUUCCGCGUCUCCUUGAGACACAAGGAAUGCCAUAACCGCAAGACGCUGACCGGUGAUACCGGGCUUCUCUGAGAAAUGCUUACACAGCAGCCGCGAACGUUUCGCAUGAGACCCGCUCUUUGGACUUCUAUCAGCUGACGUCAGCUACCCGGCUCGAGAUGCGACAUCAGUAUUACAUAUUCGCUCUCUCUUUACGAUGGCCCCGAGAAAGGAGGCCCGUAAUGAGGUCACGAACAUGAAACGACACCCGCAAGCAAUGCCUGCGUGUCUACCCGGCUUCCGGGAGUACGUGCGAGCGCAAAAUGUUUAUAGGCAUGAGAAUAAACAGAUGCACUAUUGGCGCAGACUUGCCACCAAGCCCUUGACUCAGAGUAUACAUACGCCCUUGGCACGCAUCGUGUACCUUUCAUGCAAACCGCGUUCUCGUGGCACACAUCGGUAAGCAUAGUCUAGCUGCUUCACGGACGUCCUCUCUAAACGUAUGUUUCCUUGCGAACUAUCACGCGAUUUUCUUAUACUUUUGGUCAUCGUUUUCCCUUUUUUUUUUGUUGCCGUUUCAUGCUGGUGAGCGCGUCAUUAGCGAAUAGGAAUAAAAGCUUCUACGAGAAUGAGAUGCUGUGAUUUUGGUAAAACGUGCAACAAGGAUAUAAAAGUAUAUGCAUAUAGCUAAAUCCACCGGUGAAAAAAAAAAAAAAGGAAAGUGACCUUGAGAACACAACAAAAACGAGGUGACUCAUUUAUUGUUACCUUGCUCAUGACAUCAAUGUCGGCUUCGAGCUCGUUUUUCACUCCACUCCAUGGCUUUGCUUUCGUGAACGAUUGCGACCUCAACUCGACAGCGUCGUGUGAGCACGAAGUUUCAAACAUUGCCAAGCUGUCGUGUUACAUCUCUGUGUCGUUUUUGCGAUGGACAGAAAUUGUUUCCCCCAUUUCAACUGCGCUCCUUCAUUAAGGGCACUUCCGCUCUCCCUCUUCCUUGCAGAGUAACAUGCAGGCGAAUGCUUUGUACAAAGGAGAACCUCUCUGCGUUUAACAAAGAGCUCUCUCUCUCUCUCUCUCUAUCUCGCUCGCUCGCUCGCUUUGCGACGAACAUGUUGUUGUUGUUGUUGUUUCAAAACAUGGUUCGAUUGAGCAUCGUCUUUAAGAGGCAAGUAAUAAUAAUAAUAAUAAUAAUAAUAAUAAUAAUAAUAAUAAUAAUAAUAAUAAUAAUAAUAAUAAUAAUAAUAAUAAUAGUUUGCUAGCGAUAGGAUGGUUUAGAUGGCUUCAUACAUUAAUCCAUACGGGUUAAGAUAUAGCUCGGCAGACAAAUGACAAAUGAAGGAAACUAUACGCCAAGAAACUCUGGCAGACCUGUGUGAUCUUGCACCGCGAUAGACCAAACUCCAGCAACGCAAUUUGCGGCGACACACUGGCCGCUGCGCCGUGCGUGCUCCUUGUUGUAACCGCGGAACGUUUUUCCAGCGCGAAGGCGUUUAGUAUUUCAGCGAAAAUUUUCACCUGUCCCGCCGGCGCCGGCGACCUUGAAUGCGUGCAUGCUUAGAAAAGCUCUCGUGAUAACACUUCUGUACCUACAAACACACUUCCAACGGCUUAUAUUGUAAACACAAAGGGUCCUCAUCCAUAUAGAGCAUACCAUACAUACAUAGGGGGACCAAAAGAAAAAAAGAAAACCUACUGUCUAAAAUAAAUAUAUUAUUUAGGACGAAGAGUAGUAAGCCCCUUCAAGAUAAUCUCUAACGAAGCCAAUACUCUUGUUCAACCUUUUCCUCCACUUUUGGAAGCGACUCUGGAGCUCCUCAAGCACAAUGCUGUUGAGCGGCCCUUGCGAAGUUGUCUUCACCUCGUGCACAGAGGCAAAUCUCCUUAUCGCAUUUUCUUAAAAAUAAAGAAAAAUAAUCACAGGGAGCUCGGUCUGAUGAAUAGGGUACGUGGGGAACGCCAGCCCAUCCCUCAGAGGCUGAAUACCGCGUCAUUACACUAAAGCAGUGUGAACUGCGACGCAUGUGCUAUCGUGAUGGAGAAAGCCAAUCGCCCGUAUUUCCCGAAUUUGCGCGUCUACCUUGCGCAUUCUUUCUUAAUCGUCUUAAUACCUCCUAGUAAAUUUUCUGAUUGACACUCCCCUGUUUGGGAGAAACAAAUUCCCGCUGCACCAUUCCAAAAGAGAGAUGGAGAAACUACAGAGUUUUAGAAUAGGGGCCCCAAUAGUUUGGGGCCCCAAAGAGCUUUGCGGGUGUUAGCGUUGGGGCACGAAGGAGUGAAGAGAUUUAGGAUAGGGUUUUACGUUUGCAGAUAGCGUCUUGCGCUGAAAGCGCCACUACGGCGUCAAAUAAAAGCUAUUAGAAAUAAUUCAAUAAGAUAUACCAUUUUAUGAUAGAAGUAGUAAUUUUGACUUGCGUGUAUUCGCGUUUAAUUACAAUUUGGAGGUUAUUCUGUAAGCAGGAAACAAUUAGUUGCGCUUAGUUUCGAGCAAACCAACUUUACGUGCCUUCACCAGCCAAGCUUAGCCGUGUUAGGCCUACGAGCCAUAAAAUCCACAAGCGAAUUCGAAAUCAGCGGCGUCUAAUGACUCAAUAUUCAUAACACACGCUAGUUGAUAGAAAGCGAUAACCGCAGUCACUUCUCUUAGCUUGCGAACUUCACGCGUUACCACGAAUCGAACCUAGUUUAGUGCUAGGUUAGAGCCGUCGCUUCGAUGGGUGCCGCCAUGUUUGCUGACGCAAAGUUUUUGGGGCCGCUAUUUGGGCUCCCGCUAAAUCGGUGAAAUAGCGUUCCCAACGCAAAACCCAAACGCAGUUCGCGUCUCGCGCAUGCGCAGUGGCUUCGACGCUAUUUCUUUGGGGCCCCUAUUCUAAAACUCUCUACUAUAAUCACCGGCUUUACACGAGCGCGCUUGCCACAUUUCUUGCGCUCUUGCUGAAUUAGUCUUCAACUGACUCCAAACUAAUUACAGCGAAGCUGUAUGUGGCUAGGGUUCCGUGCAUUUUUUUGUUAUCUGUAAACAAAAACUAUCAUCAUCAAUGGCUCAUGCCCACGUAAGCAAGCAAAAGAUGCAUUGGCUCAUAGCCCCGUAAAGCGGAGAGUAUACAAGCACUCAGCCAAGUGAAGCGAACAGUGCUUACAUUCGUUCUAGUCACGCAUACAACAUACAGAAUAGCAUGUCGAAAACUAUCACGAUGAACGGCUCAUAUCCCCCUAAGCAAGGAAAAAAUUCAAUGGUUCAUACCCCCUUAAACAAGCAAAAAAUGCAAUGGCUCAUAGGAUUCAUGGCUACUCACUUUGCGUGGAUUAGUUGCGACGACACUACUCCUAUGAUCGUUGUCGGUUAUUUCAAUGUGGAUGAGUCGAGACCGAAAAGGGAGUGGUUUAUGUGUUUCGUGUUGCAGACAUAUCGCUUGCGAUGCCGCACCGAUCCGGCCCAACCAACCACCCAGCGGCGUACGUGCAUCGAUUUGAGAGAGAGAGAGAGAAGGAGAUUCUUGUUGAUGGGAAGGAAAGGUUGGGGUAAAGUGCAGCGCAGUAAUUGUCUCUCAGCAGAGGACACCUCAACCGCGCUGCACAGGGGGUAGGGAAUGAAAGUAGAGGGAGAGAAAGUGCACCAGAAACAGCACUUUCUCGCAUCGUGCAUGUGCGAAAUACAUCAUACAUCGAUUUGACAUUAUCAAAGAAUGUGUUUGCAGUGGCGAGUGAAAUAAUGACCACCGAUCAAGACAGUAAAUGUGCGUGCGUACCUUUCGUCACGAUGACCACACAUUAAAACAAUAAAUGAGUUCCUACCUUUGUUCAAAA